AUGUCGUCGUACCGCGAGGGCAACACCGACCUGAACUUCGCAGAUGGCGUUGAGAGGAGUCCAUCUAAAAAAGCUUCAGCAGAUGUUUCUGGAGCUGGAGGAGUUGAAACUGGAGGAAUCACUGUGGCAGUUGCUGCAGGUGCUGACAUUGUUGUCCUGGGUGGGAGGAUAAUGCUUUGCAAUUGGAGAAAUCUUGACCAUACAACAUUAGAUGACAUAUCACACUUGAAGAAAUCUUCUGAUGAUGCAACCUUGGAUGACACAUCAUACUCAAAGAAGUCUUCUGACCAUGCAACCUUGGAUGAAACGUCAUACUCAAAGAAUCCUUUUGACCAUGCAACCUUAAAUGACACGUCGUCUAGCUCAGAGGUCCUGCCACCAAACAUAUUAAGAAUGCUUUUACCUCCCCAAAAAGUAGUGCCUAGUACAGAAAGAAAGGUGAAAAAGGAUUCAUAUUGGUCAUCUACUUCACAUGAUAGUGAUGGUUGCUGUUUAGCAGAUAGUUCAGAUGGGCCUUUGUGCAAGCAGGAGCCUGUGCAUAGUUCAUAUGGGCCUUUGUGCAAGCAGGAGCAUGUGGAUUACUCUGAGAGGCCUGGCAGACCAGAAUGCCCCUUCCUUAUGAGGUUCGGUGAUUGUAAAUUUGCAUCAGCAUGCAAAUACCACCACUCAAAAGACAAAUACCCAACUAGAUACCAUCCGGAAGUACCAUCACUGGGAGGGGAACAGACAGAAUAUCCCGAGAUACCUGGGGAACCAGAUUGCCCCUUCUAUAUGAAAAACAGGUUCUGUAAAUUUGGGGCACAAUGUAGGUUUAAUCACCCAAAGGAUUUGACUCAUACCAUGCAGAGCCCAACGAAUGUAAAAAAAUCUGUUGCCACUGAUGAACAUCAUCAAUCUACCAGAAUUGCAGUAGAAGAUAAUGUGCCCCAGCAAGAGCAGUAUCCUGAGAGACCUGGUCAGCCAAACUGCCGGUACUACCUGCAAUUUGGGAAAUGUAAAUUUAUGUCUGCGUGUAUAUUUCACCAUCCAAGAGAUGGACUUCCAGUUGCGUGGAAACCCUCAGAAUGCCCAUUCUAUAUGAAAACUGGGAAAUGUCAGUUUGGGUCAGCAUGUGAAUUUCAUCAUCCCAAAGAUAUAUGUUCAACUAGAGGUAUGUCAUUAUCAUUGACUGACUUGGCAUGUGAUAAUUUCACAAGGCGAGAGAAUGCUGUGCAGACACAAGAACAAAUCAUGUAUCCUGAAAAGCCAGGUGAACCUCGGUGUUUCAACUACAUGAGGCAUGGCUCCUGUAGGUUUCAGAUGAACUGCAAAUACCACCAUCCAGCAGACUGGCUCUCUAGGAAACAGUAUGACUAG